UUUGCAUUCCCGAGCGCAUGGCACCGUCGCCAAAGGGCUGGAACGACCAAGGCGAGUCGCACGCGGCCAUGCAGACGAUUGCCAAGACGGUCGUCAUGGAGGCCCUCCGGCGCCAUGGCGUCCCCGUGCUCGACAACGGCGUCUUUGUGCAGCCGCCCUCGAUCUCGGACGCGCAGGUCGACCGCCUCGUUCCCGUGGCAGAGCGACUUGUCGAGAAAGCACUUGACGACGUCAGCAAGCUCCUCGGCCCGCGCUUGCCGUACCCGAGCCCGCUCAACCACUUGAUCGUGCACGCUGGUACGAUCGGCUACAGCCUCGCGCUGCCCGGGUCGUUUGCCAAACUGCUGCACUUUCUCUUCAAGGUGGCUCCCAUGCACCGGACAAUCUUUUACCGCUACAACUUUACCAUCAAGCAGAUCACGUGCGAAGCCGACUACCUUGAGUUCGUCCUCGCCCACACGCACGAAAUCUUCGUGCGGUAGGCCUCCGACGUAGCGGCGUUCACCUCGGCAGGACCACCAAAUGAAUGAAUACAGAUCUUAUUUACACCCUAC